GGGGGGGAGAAGAAGGCGGAGGAAGAGCGAACCAAUGGGCUCUCGCGCCGAGGUGCGGGUGGUUCCUCGGCCUAUUGCCACAGCCCAAGCGAGAAGCUCCGCCUACCACUUUCAGAGGCCGAGGCGUGCGGGGAAGUCGGGAGUCGCGAGCGCGAGUUCUGGCCUCGCGCGUGGAGGGAACGUUGGCGGGUGAGUGGCAGCCCGUGUGCGCGUGCGCGCAAUAUAGAGGGAGGAGGAGGAGGUGGUCGUGGCGCCUCAUGGAGGCUCCUUCUGCCUCGGCCGGGUAAGAGGGUCUCAGAGUCGGCCUCAGCCAGCGCAGCACAGUGGCCAGGGGUGACGGGAAUUGGAGUCCAGCAAAACUCAUGGAGGGCCUCAGCUUUCCCAUCCGAGCCUGAUCCUGACACUGCUCUUGAGAAGAGUAGUAGUAAUAACAAUAAUAAUAGGUUUAUGAUUUUUAUUUUAUUUCUGUACCGCUUUCUAAUUUUAAGAAAAAUCUCAAAGCGGUUUACCGCAUAUUAAAUCAGUAAAACAUAAAAAAAUCUGAAGAAAGUCAAAUAUAUACAGUCAAAUAAACAUAAUAUAAACCUAAAAUUUUAUCUUAAUAUUUAUAGUCGGAACAUUUGACUGGGUUGCCCCCAUAUAUAACAUAAUAAAACGUCAAAUACUGUGUUUAAAACCUCCCCGAUACAGGGCUGCCUUCAGAGGUCUUCUAAAGGCUGUGUCGUUCUUUAUUUCCUUGACAUCUGAUGGAAGACACCACUGCCUAGAAGUAUCGAGUGGGGGGCUUCUUCCCUCAGCCCUGAGAAGCUUCGUUCAUUUGUUUUGUAAAAUUUACGUAGCGCCUGAUUGUAAAAAAAAAACCCGACAACACCCUCAGAGUGGUUUACAAAAAGAGAAAACAGUAAAAUGGAGGGGGGGGGGAAUGCAACCCUACUUUCAAAGUUUAAAUGCUAGAACUAGAAUUCCUGACACCCGCAAAAUUGUUGAGCUUUUUCCAUCGUGUUGCCAUGCACCCAAGUUUUCCCUGACAUUUUGCCCCCGGCGCCAUUUUUUACACCCAAAGACAAGGACAUGUCAGGAAUUUUCCUGACAUAUGGCAAGCUUAUUUCUAAGCACCUGGGUAGGCUUCUCUAAACAGGAAUAUUCUUUUCAGCAGGCGACGAAAAGAGCACAAUGAAGACACCUGCUUGAUCUCCAGAGGCAAGGAGUUCCAAAGUGCAGGUGCUGCCACACUAAAAUAUCAAGUUGUUACAGAUAUGGAACGGGUAUUAUGGUGGAACCUGCAGUAUUGCCAAUUCCACCCGUCAAAACAGUCAAGUGGAUGCAUUUAAAAUAAGAAGCUUUGUUUGAAAUGUUUCCACACAACCUUUCACCAAAACAGAUUUCAGAGCAGCAUAUAAUAGUAUAGGUAAAGUGUUGAAUGCAGUUGAGUUUUACUCAGAACAGACCCAUUUAAAUUAAUGGGCCUCAGUUUAUUAUUAUUUUUUACAAUCAAUAUAAUGCAAAGUACGGAUUGAAAAAUCAACUUAAAAGCAGGAGCAAGCUAACAUGCAAAGUACAAUAAACUCAAAAUUAUAAAUUACUUAAAGUGUCUAACUAAGGCUGCAGUCCUGUACCUAUGGCUAACUUACCCGUUGAACUCAAGAGGCCCAUCGGGAACCUGUGGUCCUCCAGACGUUACUGGACUGCAAACUCCCAACAUUCCUAGCAGUAGGCCUUGCUGGCUGAUGGGAGUUUGGAGUCCAACAACAUCUAGGGAGCCCCAGGCUCUCCAUCCCUGAUGUGAUACAACAAUUUGAUCAGUGCUGUGUUUACUUUUUAUGAUCUUGUUUUAAUUUUGAUGUAUCAUUGUUUUAAUGUUUAACAGAAGCCACUGCAGGUUUGUUUAUUUUUUAUUUUUGAAAAAAUUAAGGAUAUAGAUAUAUAAAUGUUUUGGAUUUGGAUUCUAGGAGAUGGCCGUCUAAUUGGAGAACAAGGUGACGAAAGCGGGUACCACAAUGGCUUUGCAGCUGAUAUACCAUUGCUUCCCUGCAGGACUUUUCACUGUGAGAGGUUCUUUCUAUCCUUGGCUGUGUUCUACUUCCAGAUUGAGGUCCAUUUCAAAGAAACAUUUGGCAGGGCCUAGAAAUGCACAUCAUCUCAGAUUUCUGGCCUUGAGACCUUUUAGUUCAUCCCCAGUGGUCUACAAGUUACACAGGAGAGAUCCGAAAGAGACACACUCUGCCACCACCCCUGAAGCAGCCAGCAAUGAAGAAGAGAAAUUUGAUGACGACGAAGGCUUUGGGUUGUUGUCUCAAAAAUUUUCUUCUAGACAAUUUUUUCACAAAGCUUCUGAAGAAUUUCACGAUUUGCAACUCAAAAGCCAGGUGGAGGAAGAGGAAGAAUUGGAACCAAAACCCAGACAAGGUCCCAGGAACACUCCGUAUUGGUAUUUCUUGAAGUGCAAGGCAUUGAUAAAAGAAGGCAAGGUCAUUAUCUCAGCUGUCUUCAUUGCAAGAGUAUUGAAUAGACUAGCAUAGCUAGUGAAAAGCCAUUGCUCACUGCUAGAAUAGAGCACCUGCCAGGGACUCUGGGAUGCCACUGCUAGUCAGUGUAGUAGACAAUAUUGGGCUGGAUCAGGGUUAAGGAGCCUUCAGUCCGCAGUCCUAAUAUUGGCCAAGCCCAUACCCAACACCAUAUCAUUGACAUCAGCAAAACCCUGUGCACAACGCUUUGCAAAACCCAACGAUCAGCUGAUCCUUGGGGCCGGCGAAGCAAGGUGUCAAACCAUGCUGACAAAAAUGGGUCAUCCAAUGCCACUGUGAUGCCCACCUGUCACACGUGGCCCGUAGAGGUGGGUUGGUAGACAAGGCUUCUGCCUGCACCUCCCAAUUCCUGAGCCGUCUUCAACCUAUUCAGACCUGAAACCCGCCCAUGUUUAAUCCAAAUAUACACAUUAAAAUGCCAAUGGGGACUGACAUCUGUUCCCAUGGAAGGGUUGCCCAUAAGGGAGUGGGGCUUUGGGGCUGAGAAAGGUUCCCCAGGCCCUGCAGUAGCAACAGUUCCUGCUGCGUCCUCACAGUUGUCCUCUCUUAACUGUAGCUGGCAGAGGCUUUGAACCUGUUUGAGGUACAGAUGCUGAAGGAGGAACGUGUUCGACCAGAAGAGAGCAACUACACUGUCCUGAUCGGUGGUUGUGGCAGAGCUGGCUAUGUGAAGAAGGCAUUCAAGCUCUAUAAUGAUGUAAGUAUUCAGGUUUCGUUCACAUAAGGAAGAGAGCUGUUGUUAGAAAACCAAGCCAGGGGUAGUUUUUGUAUGAAACCACCCAGUGUGGCUGGUUCUGAUGGGCGUAGGCAUCCAAUGCCGUCUGGAGUUCCCCAGAUUCCCCAUCUCUGAACUAGGGAACUCUUGUUGCCAGAGAAGAAUUGAAAGACAAAUGUUCCUGCAAAAUGCUAUUGAGAAGGUUUUGGAACAUCUUUCACGCGGAGAAAGGUGCGUCCAUCUCUCCUGCUGCUUUUGAGCUGUGUUGUGUCAUCCCUCCACCACACCCCCUGUGGCCUUGUGGAUGUUGUUGGACUCCAACUCCCAUCAAUCCCAGCCAGCAUGACAAGUAUGAUAAGGAAUGAUGGGAGCUGGAGUCCAGCAACAGAUGGAGAGCCACAGGUUCCCCAGCCCUGUUCUAGUGAGCUAAGUCAAAAGCAGAUCUCGCCUUCCAUUUGUUCAUUCAACAGGCAUCCCAUUAGCCGGCAUCCUGGUGUGUUUUUGUGCCAAGUUUCUAAACUGACAAGAAAACGCAAAUUCAUGGCCUACGAUGCAUCAAAUUAAAAAAAAAUCAGCAAGUUUGCCUGGGAUUUCCCUCUGAUUCUUUGCAGUAAGAAUCACAUAGCCAUGUGGAAUUUUCAUUUUAUUUUAAUUCUAUAGCACGAUGAACAGCAUAUGGCAGAGGAAACACAAGGGCUGUGAAGGUAUUGGCAGUGACUCUUGCAGUUAGCUAAUAUGAUGGGUGGACUGACAUACCUUGCAGGGUUUAUUAUUUUAUUUUCUUAAUUUAAAUCCCCAUAAUCGAAUCCCCAUUACAUCCUCCCAUCUUAAUAGCAACUCCAGCAUCGAGUGCUUGGAAGUAUGGCUCUCUGCGCUUCCUGCUAGAAGUCUGUGACACCUGCAAUAUUUUCUUUAAAAGUUUUCCAUUCAAUAUACAAGUCCUCUCUGUCUAAUUGGGAUUUGCAUAAUUGACUCCUGUGCAUUACGAUACUUUCACCGAGUAUCUGUUCUAUUCCUGAUACCGCAUAAUUGUUUGAGUAUUCUUAUAAAGCAUAUCUAUUGCUGUUUUCUUGGGAGGCAGAUGAAGAAGCGAGCCUUGACUCCGACUGACGCCACGUACACAGCCCUGUUUAACGCCUGUGCAGAGUCACCCUGGAAGGACUCGGGCCUGCAACAUGCGCUUAGGCUACGGCAGCAACUACUGAACAAAAACAUUGAGCUCAACAUAGUCACGUACCAUUCUCUGUUGAAAGUGUGUGCCCACUGUGCAGAUCUCCGGGUGUGCUUUGACAUAUUGAAGGUAAAGAAGCUCCUGGUAUAAAAUUUGGGUUGUUUUAAUCUCUGUGUGUGGUUUUCUAUGCAAGGAACUGUGUAGCAGAAAGUGGCAUAUAUUAUCCUCAAGGAAAUAAACUGCAUGAGCUUGUAGUAAAUGCCCAUCCAACACUCUCAAACAAACAACAUGAGUUGGGGAGACUGCAAAAUGUAAACAGUGCACAGGAUUGUGAAAUGUUGCAGGGUGUGGGAAUGAAAGUGUUGGCUUCAGACAAAGUUGUUACUUCUGUUUCCAGGUUUUCAGAAUGCUUUCCAAAUACUUAAAAUGAUUUGCAUAGAAUCAUAGAAUUGUAGAGCUGGAAGGGACCCAAGGGCCAUCUAUUUCAAUUUCUUACAAUGCGGGAAUCACAUCUGAAUAAUCCCUGGCAGGUGGCCAUCUAACCUCUGCUUAAAAACCUCCAAUGAAAGGAGUGCAGUCCAUUCUGCCAUCAAACAGCUGAAAUACAUUGAGUCAGAAUCUCAUUUUUUGGCGAUUUGAAUCCAUUGGUCUGGGUCCUACCCUCUGGAGGAGCAGAAAAAGCUCCACCAUCCAUGUGACAGCCCUUGAAAUAGAUAGCUGUUUUAUCUCCUCUCAGUCUCCUCAUUACCAUACUAAACAUACCCAAGUCCCUCAACCGUUCCUUAUGGGGCUUGCUUUCCAGGUCCUUGACAAUGUUAGUUACCCUUCUCUGCACAUGUUCCAGCGUCAAUAUACUUCUUAAACUGUGGUGCCCAGAACUGGACACAGUACUCCAGGAGGGGUCUGACCCAAGCAGAAUAGCAUGAUACUGUUAUUUCCUGUGUAUUAGCUUUUUUUUUUUUUUUUUUGCUGGUGCAUCACACUGUUGACUCCUGUUAAACUUGUGGUCUGCUAAAACUCCUAGAUCCUUUUCACAUGUACAACUGGCAAGCCAGGUGUCUCCCAUCUUAUAUUUGUGCAUCUGGUUAUUUGUGCCUAAGUGCAGAAUCUUACAUGUAUCUCUGUUGAAAUCCAUUUUGUUAGUUUUGGGCCAGUUCUCCAAUCUAUUAGAAUCAGGAUUCAAGGUGACUAUAUCGUCUGAGGUAUUAGCUAACCCUCCUGGUUUGGUGUCAUCUGCAAACCAUCAUUUUAACCAAGAUACGCUAUCUGAACAUUAGUUUUUGUAACAAAUUUCUGAUUUCCCAUAAAAUUCCACCCCCACUCCUCACAAAUUGGUAAAUCGGCAGAGAUUCUGUUGCUUUUAGUGGGUUCCUUUUUUGUAAACAGGUCCAUCUCCUGCUGAUUUUUGGUCUGGUUUGGAACAGAGAGGCAUCUAAAUCCAACUAAAAACUCCUGUUUGCCAACAAGUUAGAAUGUGGAAUAAUGAAAGUAUUGUUUCUAAUCUUAAAGAUAAUUAGACAGUGCAUGACAUUUAGUUUCUUGCAGUACAAGGUUGAAAUUAGCUUUCUCAGCUGACAUCAGCAAUAGUAUUUGUGAACCCAGUAUUGAUGGACAUUUGUACCUUGGUUAAUUUAAUUUGAAAGUGUCACUUUUGGCCUUCUUAGACUUUCCUGAAUCUUUUUAUUAUUAUUAUUAUUAUCUGAGAGAGAGAGAGAGAUGUUUUCCAUUUGAGCUACAAAAGAGCAAAUGUUUCAUUAAAGAUUUCUAUUGUGGAAUAAGUGUGAAAUUACUGCAUUCAUCCCCCCCCCUUUUUUUUUUAAUUAAGGAAAUCGUCCACAAAGGCCAUACGGUCACCACAGAGACUUUCAACUUCCUGCUUAUGGGGUGCAUAAAAGACAAAGAGAAUGGGUUUCGCUAUGCCUUGCAGGUCUGUAUGUUCCUUUCCUCUUUACAGCCGAACAAACCAACAAAGAGCUUAAAGCUUGCAUUCACUCUGACCGGUUUUCUUAAGCGAUUGAUUCUUCUGGUUGUGAUCCUUAAAUUUCCAUGUAUCUUAUAGAACUAGGGAGCUAUAUACAUCUUAGAUUAAUUUUAUUGCUAAAUUUGUAUCCCACCCUUCCUCCCAAAGGAACCCACAGCAGUAGACAGUAAAAUGUUAAAACCAUAUAAUUUAAAAUCAAAUAAAAACCAUAUUUAAAACAAUUAAACACCAUCUCGUUUUUUUUGAAAGCAUCAUGCUAAUGAUUGUGAAGUUGUGCUGUCAGUUCUGAGUUGCUUUUUAAAAGGACAAGAGAAAAUGUCUUCCUCUUUAGUUAAUCACCAUUAUGUCAUUUGCAGUUACUUAGCAUGAUUAUGUUAAAACAUUUGCCUUCAGAACACAACAUGUACCGUGGAGGAGGUGGGCAGGAGAUAGGAUCCAGCUUGCAGACCUGAUUCUGAGCUACCCCCACAGGCUACUUUGUUUAUUGCUCACAGUUUGUUUGGAGCUAAACAAACCACGGGCCCCAUUUCAGACAUAACCCAAUGCCAGGAAUCAUGGUCUAUUUCUCUUGCAUGCUAUGAGGGAGGAGCAACAUGGAUGAGAUUGGUGCUUUCACAGUAUACACUGUUUUACGGUGAUGUGCAAACUGAGCUACUAAGUGGCUUUGGAGACAACUGCUGUCUUCCAGGCUCCAAUCCCAAGAAGCAAAUUCCUUUGAAUACUGAGGCUUACUGCCGAGUGAACACAUUUAGGAUCAACUUGUCUGUUUCCCAUUAGUGUAAGAACUGUAAUUAUAUGGAUCACCUGGGGUACAUUUCUUUUUUCUCUGCCCUGACUUUCCUUUCCAAAAACAGGUUUGGCAGCAGAUGCUUAAACUGAACUUAAAACCCGACAGUUACAGCUACAACUUGAUGCUCGGUGCUGCCAGAGACUGCGGCCUUGGUGACCCCCGUAUAGCUUCCAAUUUGUUGCUAGGAACUUUCAAGGAAAGCCCAGCUAUCCUGAGACUGGAAGCUGGUAAGCAACACCGGAAGGCAAAGGGUUGGCGAGGAAAGGAAAUAGAUGCUGGAGCUGCAAUGCAGUUUGAUGUGGAGAUGUUGGAAAAAUGUGUGUUCCCGGAGGAGGACAGAAAACCUGAGCAGGAAGUCUAUAGCCAAAAAAGCAAAAGCAAAAAUGACAAUUGUGCAAAGGCAGAGACUGGUGAUAUCUCUACUUUGCCAGAUUCUGCUGCACUCAGGGAUUUGGGGAUCUCUGAUAAAAAACAGAUGGCUCCAGAUGCGGCAGAAACAAACACUCUGUGUUUUUCCAAAGCCUCCUUCAACUUCCCCAACUUGUUGGACUCGCAGCCGCCCAACGAAAAUGUGAUCUCCUUAGGGACGGUGGCAACCCCCUCCGAUAGACUGGCACUCAUUGGGGACAUGGAGGGUUUCUUAAAGAGAAUGAAGGAAGAUGGUGCCGCGUCCAGUAUCAAAACUUUCACACUGCUAGCUGAGCUGGUGCAGCCCAACAGCCAGUCAGAGUCUUCCUUGUUGACGGUGAUGGAGGAGCACAACGUGAAACCAGAUAUAACUUUUUUUAAUACCCUGGUGAGGAAGAAGAGCAAAGGAGGAGAUCUGGAAGGAGCAAAGGUAAGAUCACGGGCAUAUGAGUGUGUGUGGGUCAGGGAUGGACAGUCUUCAGGCUUGCAGGAACUACUUUUUUUUACCAAAACCUGAUACAUUUUCUGCCCACCCACGGGUGUAGGCCGUAACCUUUUGGAGAACAGUGAUGACUAAGAAGUACAGCUACUUUGCAUGCAAAAGGUCCCAGGAUCAAUCCCUAGCAUUUCCAGGUAGGACUGGGACAGAACCUUGUCUGAAAUCCGGUCGGUGUAGUAGCCAGUAUUGAGCUUAAUUGGCCAAUGGUCUGACUGAAUGUAAGGCAGCUUCCAAUGUUCAAUUAGCUUCAUUCGUACACAUUGCACCUCCUCUCAGCAUGAACCUGAACAGGUAAUCUAGACAGCUGUUCUCACAUGCCUUUGUAUAUUACAGAGCCUGCUGCCCCUAGUGCUGAAGGAGGGACUUUCUCCCAAUCUACAGACGUUUUGCAACUUGGCAAUAGCCUGCCGCAAAAAAGAGGAUGGACUGCAGUUACUCUCAGACAUGAAGGUACAGAAAACUCAAGCUUUUGAGGCUGUUUUGCAUGCAGCAGACCUGGUGGUUUUGAUGGCUACAUGUUAGUGAGGAGUUCUGUUAACAUAAGGGGAUCUUGUCUUUCAGCCGUCCCACUAGCUCCUGUAAGUGGCCAUUGCAAUCAGUUGUAUAGUGUGCAAAUCCCCAUCUCCCCGGCUUUGGGAGCAGUAAUCUUGUUAUACUGUGAGACUCCUAGAUGUGUGUGUAAGGACUUCAGAAUUACCUUUGUCUGACAGUUUGGGGCUGUGUUUUUCAGCGUUCUGGAAUAAACCCCAAUGUACAGAUCUAUGGUGCGCUUGUAACUGCAGCUGUGAAGAGACUGGACUACGCCUACCUCACAGAGAUCCUUGCAGAUAUGAGUAGAAACCGUGUUCCUCCAAAUGAAGUUGUCCUACGCCAGCUGGAGUUUGCAGCCCAGUAUCCUCCUAACUUUGAUAGGGUGAGGUAACCUUUUGUUUUCUGCAGAAGCUGAUUUAUACUCGAGAGAAUUAAGACCACAUAUUAUAUGCACAGUUCUUUGAACACCCUUGCAGUUCUGUGUCCUCUGCACAUUUACCCAGAUUGCACCCAGUUAAGUGUGCAUCAGCCUUCUCCCAAAAUAUUCCUUUCCAGAUAUUUGCAAUCAAACUCUCAUCAGCCCCAGCCAUCAUACCGUAUUUUUCGCACCAUAGGACGCACCGGACAAUAGGACGCACCUUGUUUUAGAGGGGGGAGAACAAGAAAAAAAAAUUCUCUCCCUCUCUGCCCAGCGCCCAGAGAGGGGGAGAAUUUUCCCCCUCUUGUUUUCCCCCUCUAAAACAAGGUGCCGUUUAAGGUGCGUUCAGACGCCUUCAGGCGGCUACCUUGGAAGCCUGGAGAGCGAGAGGGGUCGGUGCGCACCAACCCCUCUCACUCUCCAGGCUUCAGGUUCCUUUCAACCUGCUCUUUGGGGCUGGUGGGGGGAAGCCCACCACCAGCCCCAAAGAGCAGGUCAGGGAGCAGCGCAAAGGCGCGCAGCUAUAGAGGCUCCUGCCAUAGCCGCGCGUCACCUCUCCAGCCAGCAGAGGGUCGCGGGGCUAUGCUGUCUUCGCUCCAUAGGACGCACACACAUUCCCCCUUCAUUUUUGAAGGGGAAAAAGUGCGUCCUAUGGUGCGAAAAAUACAGUAAUUUAGUAGUCAGGGAUAAUGGUUGGGCACCAGGUUGAGGAAGAAAAAUGUAUAGGAUUGCUAAGUGACCGCAAGUAUACUGUAUCUAAAGAAAGGCCAUUAUACCAGCAUCUACUUAAUUGGAUAAAGGUCUUCUCCAUACAAGUUCUGAAGUGCGUCUUGCACCAAUGGUAUUAAUUUCAAUUGACAGUUGAAAAUGUACUAUUUACCCAGACCAUGGGACAAGGUGAGAGGUUAGAUGGUCCAGUGUGGUGUAGUGGUUAAGAGCGGUAGUCUCAUAAUCUGGGGAACCGGGUUCGCGUCUCCGCUCCUCCACAUGCAGCUGCUGGGUGACCUUGGGCUAGUCAUACUUCGUUGAAGUCUCUCAGCCCCACUCACCUCACAGAGUGUUUGUUGUGGGGAAGGAAGGGAAAGGAGAAUGUUAGCCGCUUUGAGACUCCUUAAAGGGAGUGAAAGGCGGGAUAUCAAAUCCAAACUCUUCUUCUUCUUCUUCUUCAUUGCAUGUUUUAUUUCAACACUGAUACUGUGUGUUUUCUGCAGAAAUGUUUAUACACCAUUGGGUUGUAUUCAGUGAUAUUCCUACGCAUUGAAAUCUAUGGACAUGACUUGUUCACUAAAUUUAAUGGGUAUGGGCAACAUUAGCUACAGCCCUCUAAUUUGUUUAAUGCUAUGAAUUACUGCCCUAGGGCUAUUUGAUGAAACGUGAGAAAUCCAAUAGUUUCCAGUUUAUCUCACCUGUGCUCUUUAAGAGACCACCAAACACAACUGGUAGCAGCCAGACCUGGUAACACUUCUAGAUCCCAUUGAUUCCAGCAGAAGAGAGUUUAAGCACUUACUUCCCUCUACAGAAACUUUUUAAUACCAGCACACUCCUCCACAACUUCCAAAUAAAAGCAGCAAAAGAUUAUGUAAGCUCCUGGCAAGUCUAAGAAGCAGUUUCUCACUUCUUAGAGUAGAACUAAUCUUCUCUUGCUAUUACAGAGUGUUAAUUCUCUCCUCCUUUUCCUCUUGCAGUACAAAACAAGGGACUAUUACCUGGAGAAAAUUAAUGGCUUUCGAUCCUACUACUUCCGCUGGCUGAAGUGGAUGGAGGCAGAAGAAACACCACACCCUUGGGCAAAAUACAGAACUCCUAAGCAGCCAGAAAACAAACAUAAUACAGAAGAUGCAGAAAACUACAGCAGCCAGAGGAGGUGGUAGAAAAAUAAAACCAAUGCUAAUACUCCAUAGUGGUGUUGGAAAGUUCCUUUUGCCUUCAUCUUGUGCC